AAUUAUCAACCACUAUGUGAGCUCCUCCUGUUAAAACUCUAAAUGUUACACAAUGACGAUGAAGUCAAUUAUGUGUAUAUAAAGAGUUGCCUCUGUAGAGUAGACAACAGAUUUCACCUUUGAAUCUCACAAAGCUCACUUUGUAUUCGACAGGAUGAAGUUCACCGCCACCUUCCUCAUAUUGUUCAUCUUCAUCCUCAUGGUUGAUCUCGGAGAGAGUCGUUGGCCUGGGCGCCGUCGUAAGCCCUCUCGUAAGCCCUCUCGUAGGCCCUCUCAUAAGCCCUCUCGUAAGCCCCCUCAUACGGACGAUUUUCUUGGCGGCGUGAUUGGCGGGAUUGGUUCAGGUCUCGGGGGGCUUGCCGUGGACGCCCUUGGCAAUGCCAUAAUGCCGGGGCAGGACUACGAGCAGGCGCAGGGGCAGGAUUACGAGGAGCAGCAGGAGCUCGCCAAGCGCUCAGACGAUGACAGCCCCAGUCUCAUUUUUUUUGACUGAAGAAGUCGCCCUGAAGGAAUCUUCAGAUCAUAUAUAAUGCUUCUUGCUUUUCAUUGAAAUAAAUAAAACAUUUAGCCUCAACAGCAA